AUGCCCUUCAGCAUCAAGUUAUGGAUAUUCAUACAGCUCUUAUGGAGACCAAGGCCACCAUCUUUCUUGACUCCCGAGAAAGAGGAAGAAAUUGCAAAGAACUUGAAAAAGUAUAGUAAGAAAUAUGAAGCAGAGAUUAAAGAUGUUUCGUUGCAGCAGAGUGAGCAGGAGCGUGAGAAGCGUAGGAUCUUGAAAGAAGAUUGGGAGAAGUGGGUCAACGAAUGGAAGCUGAUGCAUGAAGAAGAGAAGUUAGAGAGUCAAAAUCUGAGGGACAGAGAAGCUAGUGACAAGGAAGAGGAAUAUGAGGCAAAGGACAUUGAAGUCGAGGAGGAAGUAGUCGAAGUUAACAAAGAAAUCCUUCACUUUGAGUAUGAGCGAGAGUGCGGUAGUGAAGUAUGUAACUUACUGGACUGGAGUUUGUGGUAG